UGCAGGUCAACUCUUGCGGCCUGAAACCAAGAAAUCACCAACUAAACCAGAGAAACCAUCAAUGAAAUUAUAAAUUUAAGUAAAUUUUUUUUGUAAAUUUAUAUAUUUCCCCAAAAAAAGAAGCAAAAUUCUUGUGAGCUUGAUCUUCCUCCAUUGUUGAAGCUGAUGAGCUUCACCAGGGCACUCCCGUUCCUUCUCGUGUUUCUCAGCUCAUGGAAUCCAUCGGCCGGAGAUCCUCGCACCUCCUUCGUCGCCCAGUUCUGCAACUCUACUCAAUCCGCGAAUGGCCCUCUUCUUGCGGAUUAUUUCGUCCCUGCCAUGGAUAACCUCAGCUCGCUCGUGCACAGCAAUGGAUACGGCACCACCGUCUAUGGCCAGGCUCCUAACGCUGUCUAUGGCCUCGGCCAGUGUUUGGGCGAUCUCGAUUCCAUUGAUUGUCAGCUUUGCUUCUCUGAAAUCCGAUCGCAGUUGCCCAAGUGUUACCCUAAGACCGGUGGAAGGAUCUACCUUGAUGGUUGCUUUGGUCGCUAUGAGAAUUACUCCUUUUUUAAUCGGAUCUUCGAUGCCAAUGAUACCAGUGUCUGUAAUAACACCAGGAAAAGUUCUAAUUCUGGGGUUUUCACUGGGCUUCUCAGAGAGAUCGUUGGGAAUGUGACAUCGAGUGCUGUGGGUGCUGGCGGCUAUGCUGUUAACUCUGCUUCAAACUCUGGUUCUACUAUCUAUGUGCUUGCGCAGUGCUGGCAGAACUUGAAUAAAGCCCUUUGUAACUCCUGCCUUACUGCUGCGACGUCCUCCAUUCUCGGCUGUGCUCCGGCACUGGAAGGUCGGGCGCUUUUUGCUGGCUGCUUCAUUCGUUAUUCUAACUCCCUUUUCUGGAAUACGUACCAGACCAAUUCCUCUUCUUCAGGUAGUGACCUUCCCUGGAUAAUACCAGUCUCUGUGGUAGGUGCUCUUCUAUUGAUAGUAGGAUUUGUGGUUUGGUGGAAGAUAGUGCGCAAAAAAAAGUCGAAAUAUUUUGAAGAAUUUUACCAGCCGGGACUAACUAUUUCUCAGUCGAAUCUGCAUUUCAAAUAUGGGGAGUUGAAAAAAGCUACUGGCAACUUCAGUCAGUCAAACAAACUUGGUCAGGGUAGCUAUGGAACUGUUUACAAGGCUGUUCUUUCUGAUAAUAAAGAAGUUGCUGUGAAGAGGCUAUUGCUGAAUACAAGACAAUGGAUUGAUCAGUUCUUUAAUGAAGUGAAUCUGGUAAAUCAAGUCCGUCACAAAAAUCUAGUCAAAUUGCUGGGCUUCAGUGUAGAUGGCCCUGAGAGUUUGCUUCUUUACGAGUAUUUUGCCAACAGAAGCCUGGAUCUUUUUAUUUUCGAUACAACCCCUGAUAAGCAUUUAGACUGGGAUCAAAGGUAUGAUAUCAUUCAAGGAGUAGCAGAAGGGUUGGCUUAUCUCCAUGAAGAAUCUGAGACUCGAAUCAUUCACCGAGAUAUUAAGGCGAGCAAUAUUCUCUUGGAUGAUAAAUUCAAGCCUAAGAUAACUGAUUUUGGGCUUGCAAGAUCUUUUCCCGAGGAUCAAACACAUCUUAGUACUGGAGUAGCUGGAACCCUGGGUUAUAUGGCGCCUGAAUAUGUUGUGCAUGGUCAUCUAACUGAGAAAGCGGAUGUGUACAGCUUUGGUAUGUUGAUUCUUGAAAUUGUAACCGGGAAAAAAUGCAGCAAUGCCAUUGGGCCACGUACUGGGCAAUCUCUCUUAUCAAAGGCAUGGAACCAUUACAGGGAUGAUACAUUGAGUGAGAUCAUCACAGAAAGUAUAUAUACGGAAAGCGCGAAGGAUGAGAUUGUGCAUGUGAUUAAGACAGGAUUAUUCUGCACACAGGCCAAUCCGCAUGAUCGGCCAACCAUGCUCAAGGUAGUAGAGCUGCUAAGGAACAGCAAGAGGGAGGAGGAGUUUGUCCUUACAGACCCACCAUUCCUAGACGUUGAUAUAGAUGUGGAAGAAGGUGAAGUCUCAUGUUUGUUAACAAACAGCUCUGCUCAAGCAAUGUCGACAUCAUCAUCACAAUUCAGUGCGAGAUAAAUUUAAAUUUUCACAAAAAAAAAGACCAAAUAAAAAAGAUCUUGUGAUAUUGGGU